UGCCUCAGCUUCCUUCUCCCAGCUGGUAACUUUGCUUUUCAAUCCUCUCUCUCUCACACACACACACUGAGAGUGUGAAAAUCCCUUUAUUUAUUUGCCUGCCGGUGGAGAAUUUGGCAUAAGAUUCUUGUUAUGGAGCUGGGAGAACCUGAAAUUGCAUAUUCAGAAAAGCAAGAAGAAGAAGAUGAUGAUGAGUACUUCUUGCCAGUCUCACAUCCAGUUGAGCCACAAGAUGAAGAAGAUAGGCCUGUCAAGUGUCCUCAUCUUCCACAUUCUUCUUCCACUACUACUACUAUCAUGGACAUUAAUCAUAGUAACAUCAAUGAGGAAGAGGGUGCAAUGGGGUUGAGGAAGAGAGCAGAUAUCUUAUCAUCCAAAGCAGACAAAAAGACCCACUUUGACCCGCCCCAUCGUGCAGUGCGCAAGAGGCACCAUGCUCUCACAAAUGGGGAGGACCUUAUUUUCACUCCUCCGCCUGUCCAAGCCACGGCUAUACUCCAAAUGUGUUUGAAUAGUGACGUAGAAAAGCAUGCUAAUAUCAUUGGCUCAAAAUAGACUUCAUAUCGACUCCUAAUGACCAUAUUUCAAAACACUUUUGUUUCUGAAUCUGGAAGAUAGAUUGCCAAUGAAUUUAUCAAUUUGUGAGAAACAUAGUUCACAUGCA